AUGAAGAAAGGUGGUUUCUUGAAACGUCCUCGAAGCAUCACCCAAAAACCUUUCACCCCCAAAACAUUGAAACCUAAGAACACUAGAAAACUCAUACGAAGGUAUCAUGUUUUACUCAAGAAUAAAAGCAUCAUAUUAAAGAAAUUAAACUGGGACAAGGAUUUCCAGCUUGGUAAAUGGGAGAAGAUUUAUAAGAAAGGGUUCGAUAAUGCAAACGAACAAUUAUUCAAAUUAGAUGGAUUGAAUGAAGCACAAUUGGUGGAAAAAUUGGGAGAGAUAGAUGGAGAAAUUGAAAAAAACGGGGGACUUGAAGUAUACCAAAUUGCAUCAACACAAGGACAAAGUAAUAAACGAGGUAGUGAUUCGUCUAAGAAACUCAUAGAAUGGAUAGAGAAAUUCGAUUUGAAGGAUCCUACGGCCCUUGAAAUUGGAUGUUUAAGUCCUGAAAAUGUCAUUUCAACUUGUGGAAUCUUCAAAAGUAUCACCAGAAUCGAUUUACAUAGUCAACAUCCUUUAAUCCAACAACAAGAUUUCAUGGAAAGACCACUUCCAACCUCAAACAAUGACAAAUUCAACCUCAUAUCAUGUUCAUUGGUGGUUAACUUUGUGGAUAGUCCACAAGGAAGGGGUGAAAUGUUGAAGAGAAUGACUGAAUUCUUACUCCCUCAAGCAUACCUUUUCUUCGUCUUACCUUUGCCAUGUAUUGAAAAUUCCCGUUAUUUUAACAAUGAAAGAAUGCUUUCCAUUAUGGAAUCUCUUGGUUUUGUCCAAUUGAAUCAUCAUAAUUCCACUAAAUUGGCCUACUGGUUAUUCCAAUGGACAAAGCCCAUGAAGAAACGAACAUUCAAAAAAGUUGAACUCAAUAAAGGUUCAAACAAGAACAAUUUCUGUAUAGUAUUAGAGUAA